ACAGUGGGUUUUGAGACAUUGAGACGUUGGCACCAAACGUGCACCAUCUUCAAUUGAACGCAUUAAUAUAUACAGAUGAAGAUCGUUGGUUUCAUGCAUUAAAUAGAUACGCCCCUCAGUUGAAAUCACUAAAAAUCAGAUAUGGAAUAUGGCUUAAAAUUCCUUUACAUCGCUUAACACUACCACAACUGGAAAAACUAGAGAUCGAUUACUUUUCCUUUUUCGAUCACACAUUCGAAGACAGACUUGAGAUCACGGAAGUAUUGCCGACCAGUGCACCAAUUUUAACCACGAUUAGGUUGAACUUUAAAAUAACGCGCCAAAUGCUUCACACGAUCAGUCAACGUUGGCCUCAAUUGCAGGAGUUAAUGUUUCAUUUACCCUAUGUUAGUGACAGUAAUAUGCUCCGCUUAUUGGGAGAAUUCGAACGUCUUAGGAAACUACAUAUUCAGGGUUUCGUCGCUGGCUAUCUAUAUGAACGAUUGGAACCACUGCCCAGUGUCCGAGAGCUUGUGCUUUCCCUUCAAUGGAGCGUGGACACAACCGGAUCGGCCUAUAACUUGAGCUUGUUUCUGCCAAAUGUACAAGCUCUUGAUAUCAGUGAUAUUAGGAAGUAUGGUAACGAGGUUUUGCGAGGAAUAUGUGAGAAUCUUACAACUUUGCGGCAUCUAGACGUGAAUAAACUGGCUCACAAGAAUGAAUACAAUAUGGAUGCCUUCAAUCGAUUCGAAAACUUAGUACACCUGGAGGAACUUAGUUUACGAUGUAUGAAAAUUAGGCUUGGUGCUCUACCGCGAAACAAUGUAAGACGGUUGAAGUUAUCCCACGUAGAGUUGCUGGAUAUAAAUCGAGUUGAGCAUACAUGGCAGAUAGCUCCAAAAAUGGUGGAUAUCUUCCCAGAGCUACAAUUUCUGGAAAUAACUGGAAAGUUACAAAGACAUAUCGAACUAAUACGGCAACAAUUCUCAGCCUGUGUAAUUCAUUGCGAAUGAUGAUGAUGGUAAUAAAGAUCUUGACUCGUAUUCCUAUUAGGUGUGUAGAUUCACGGUAUGG